GAGAACGGCGCGUUGUGUGUUCGCGGUGUAUUCGUACUAUCCCUCGAUCAUAAUAAAUUCCCAAUGAAGGUCCUCCUCAUCGGUGCAACCGGCAACGUGGGGAUCCGCUUAGUCCCUGCGCUCCUCACCCACAACCACUCCGUCGUCGCAUUCGUGCGAUCGGCGAAAAAACUAAAAGACCUCCUCCCAGCGGACAUCUAUAAGAGGAUAGUGGUGGUAGAAGGGUCUGCCACAGACUCGAAAUCGAUCAGAAACGUCAUACUAAACGCGCAAUGCGACGCUGUGGUUAACACAGCGGGUGUAGCCGCCCUCCCGCCCUGGGGGAAAAGCGAACUCCCCGCGAUCUUCAAGGCGGUGCUGGAAGGCGUAAGGUCAGCUUCUGAAGAGAGGAAGACUGCGUUGAGGGUGUGGUUUCUAGCGGGCCAGGGGGUGUUGGUGUAUCCUGGGACAGAGACGAUGCUUUCGAGUUACAUGCCCAUCUACCUAGAGCACCGCCAAAACUUCCGCCUACUCCAAGCGCUCCCCGCGGACGCGCUGCAUUGGUCCGUGCUAUGUCCCAAUAUGAUGACGCCGGCGACGAAACCCCAGGACUUUACGGUGCCUACCAAGUCCCCUGAGGCUAAGUUGACUGCGAGUGCAACGACGCCGCCGAACUGGCGGGAUUCGUGGAUUCGCUAUAUCCCGUUCAUCGGCAAGUCGAUUGUGUGUGCGAUGAACGCCCAGCGGUACGCGACGACGCUUGAACAGGCUGCGGAUUUCAUUGCUGAGGAUCUUGUGCGCCGGGAUAGUCAGUGGGUGGGGAAAGCUGUUGGUAUUAUUGAUGCUAACAGAUGA